CGCAAAUAUCGCGGCCGUGUACGACCAGUGGACGAAUCAAAACAAAGACGGACGUGGUGUACGGCAGUUUCGUUGCAAGUUGCGGGGAUUUUCGUCUUAAAUUCAACGCAACAAGAGCAAAAAAAGUUGCGAUUUCAUCAUUCAUUUCUCAGUGCCUGGUGCAGUAAACUUGGUCUUCAGAACGUACGAUUCGCCAGUGGGAAUUGUUUAGCAAAUCUGUGUAGUUCGGAUCCACGUCAACGCAAACAAAGGGCGGCGAAGAAAAUCUGACGGCAGUCGUACAAACGCCAUUUCAGGCCGCUGGUUCCGUGUGUAAGUGCGCAAAUUUCCGUAGCGGGCAUACGACCUGAUUGCGAGAGUAGCGGAGUUUUUGUAAACGGAAACGGUUGAAAUUCUGUUGUUGAAUCGAGGAGCCAGUGCCAUUGAAUUUGCAAGCGUGCCCCACAAGUGAGGAAUGCGUUGUUGAUUCUCGGCGACCUCGAGUUCUCCACAUUUUCAGUGAAUUCAUCAGCGGCUCCAUCAAGCGAGAGCUUUUGUUUUCAAAAGUUUCGUAUCUGUGUUUCUUCUAUUGCCUGCAGACCACUCAACACGACAAAAAUGACGACCACACCACCCAAAACAGGAGACGACUUAUUAGGCGAAUCAUGGAUUGAAUUGAACCCAAGCGGAACUGGUGUUAAGAGCCCGGACAGAAUUACACCAUUGCCAUUUUCAUCUGGAGAAGAGUACUUAAGAUUAUUACGUGAAGCUCAAAGAGAAUCGAAUCAAUCAAGUAGAGUUGUUUCAUUGGCCAGUUCCAGACGUGAUACACCCAGAGAUAGCCCGAAAUCACCUCCUAACAGUCCAAAUACAGAAUUAUGCCCAGAUGAAGAACUCAAAAAUGUAUAUAUCAAUUAUUGGGGUAAAGAGGGUGAAGCGCAAAAAGAUACAGACUGGAUUUGGGAGUGGAGCAGUCGACCCGAUCAACAACCACCAAAAGAUUGGAAAUUUGAGCAUCCCAGACGACGAACGCCUGGCUAUUCAAUUCGCUUAGCUAAAGUUGGAAAGAACUCCUUAUUCUCCAGAGAAGUCUUAUAUUCGCUUUUGUUAACAAAUGUAUUGUCACUGCUUGUCGGAGCUGGACUAGGAUUAUGGCUAAGCAAACGAGGAAUAUUAUUCACACGGGUGGUGAUUGACUAAGGAUGGAAUAUCCUAAACAAGAGAAGUAGAACGGGAAAACUUGUUUGAUGGCUCAUGGGAGAAUGAAUGCUUUUUAUAUACCGGAUGAUAAAACGAUAACAAUUUUUAUACAACAUGAUUUAAAAAUAAUCUAACGCUACACACAUUACACAUAAUAACAAAAAGAUACAUCAUAAAAUUAUGCUUCUAUGAACAGACAUGGACAGGAAAAUAAUUUUAGAACAACUACAUUAUACAAUUAUUAAUUAAUCAUAUUGAUAAAGAAAAUAUUUUUACUAAAUCAGAAGCAGAAAAGGCAACAGACUGUCGUUUCUGUGUAUGAAAAAUAAGAAAAUUUGUAAUGAGUGGACCUCUUCGUUUCACUCUUUAUUUUUUAUUUAAAUUAUUCCUUUUAUUUUUAAUGCAAUUGUUAUUGAAGGAAAAUGUUUAAUUGAAAAUUUUUAACGAAAAGAUAGAUAAAUACUUCAAUGUGAACUGUGAAGAAAGAGCGUUUAGUUUGUAGUACGAAGAAGGCAUUUUGAAAUCGAAAAAUAUAUAUAAAUUCGGCUUUAGAACUUUUAACUUAACAAUCAUCACUCUUUCAUGCUGUUUGAAAGUGCUUUAUAUUUUUAUUUUUUAUGAUAAAAUUGAGUAUCACAGUGUGUUGGGUUGGUCACCAGUUGAUGAACACGGGUGGUGGUCGAACGCGACAUCUACCCUUUCGAUUGAGAAGGUGAUGCAUAACUAUACACUACAAGAUUUCCUGCGAAUUUAUCCUUUAAUUUUAUGGGAAGAUAUAUAGUUUUUGUUAUGGCGGAAAAUCACUUUCAAUGACUGGAAUUAUACAAUGGAAUAUGCCCUCUUAAAUGACUGCAUAAAUUAUACAGAAAGUAGAAGGAUAAGGUUUCUAUUGUGACUGUAUUUUUUUCGGUGAUCUUAAAAUUACCACACUUUUAAAAAAAAUUUGAAGAUUUUUUGGUAACCACUAGAUGUUUUUAAAAUAUAUCUAUUCAAAUUUAA